ACCCGAGAGAUCUCCCGUGCAUCUUCUCGGAGUCCUGUCGUUGGUAGUUGAGCGCGCUUUUCGUUCAAACCGCAUUCGUUCAAGUGCAACGGAUCCACUGGCGUGUCUCUAGCGGCCGCGCAACGCUUCACACAUAUGUACGAACGGGAUCGCUCACAAAUCCCUCAUUUUUUAACAACAUUCGAACAAGGAACAACCUUUCGAUCAAAUUACCGAGGAACGUGGACAAUUUUAAAACUGGAGGCUCCGAUUAUCGUGCAACAUAAACAGUACGCCGACGAUCUUUGAUCAAUGAAGCAAGAAAAACUCUAUGCAAUUAAAAAAACUCGAAUCAUCCCUGAGAACUCAAUCGUAGAGAAAAGCAAAAAUAAAAAACAAAAAUAAACUAAAUAUUGUCGUUUCUCCGAGCGCGUGUAAUUUUGUAGAGAAAAGAGAGAAAGAGGGAGAGGAGAACUCGAGAGAGGCUUGCAUAGAUGAUAUGUAGUCCUAUAAAGCCUGAAAUAUAUAGACGCGAUAUUCUAACGGUACUCGUGCGCUGCGGUCAGACCACGUGAAUAUACUUUCGCGGAUACCCUCUCAUACAUAAACAGUAUAAAUACAGGCCGCACUAGAGCUGUGAGUUGUGCGCGGUAAAACAGUGGCGCGGGUGCAAAAAUCAAAUCUCAAUAAUCCGGGAGUAAUUUCGGUAUAAUCAAGAACAUUUUGCGAACCUUGGGAACAAAAAGUAACGAAAGUUCACCGGUCUCGGGGCGAUCGUGUGCUUUGGAAAGGUCUUAAAUAUUCCUGGGAGUGCAGGCUUCGAAAACAUCGUUCUACUUUGACUUUACCAUCGCACUGUUGCAAUUGUUGUAGAAAAUUGAAAUAUUGUGAAUGAUCGAGAGAUUGAUUCCCAAGCAGACUCGUGAACGUGGCAGCAAAUUGUUGAAGCUCGAUCGUAAAGGACAACUUGAUGAGAGUGAUAGUGAGGUAUUAAUCGAAAAAUCGAGUAAACGCGAAUCACGAUAAAAGGAAAAUCAGAAGCCACACUCGUACCAGUGAGAAGAAAAAAAUAGAUAAAAUACCGUGUCCACUCGGUGCAGGCGUCGAUGAAAAGGAAAACUUAAAUCAGGCUUCGUGACGAUCAACCGGAGCAUUAAAACAAAUUAUCGAUUGUUUUGUUCUGCAAAGAAUCACUGAGAUUUCAAAUAACCUUCAACAAUUAUGGCGUCCGUCAUAUUUUGGGUUUUGCUUUCGUGCGCAACGGCUCUAUGGACACUCACAAAAAUAUUGUCUUCGCGAAGCCAGGCGAGGAAAAACGAGAAAUGUCCUCAACUCGCAAGAAACGAGGGAACAGCUGUAAGGGGUGGUAGAAAAUCACGAAGGGAACGAGCCAACAAAUUCAACCAAGAAGACUUCAUCAGCACCGAAGAAUCGCAAGACUCGAAAGGGCCUUACGAAAAAAAAGUUCUUCGCGGACCAACGCCGCUUCCUUUGAUCGGCAGCCUUCAUCUUCUUCGAGGGCCUGCAGGACCCUUCGAUGCCUUCACGAGGCUUUCACAUCAGUACGGUGACAUCUACGAGAUUCAACUUGGAGUCGCUAAAUGCGUCGUUGUUAGCAGUUACAACCUUCUCAAAGAGGUUCUCAUCACGAAGGGUAGUCAGUUUGGUGGACGGCCUGACUUUCUUCGGUUUCAUCAGUUGUUCGGUGGCGAUCGCAAUAAUUCACUGGCUCUGUGCGACUGGUCGGAUCUCCAACGCCAGAGGAGAUCGAUAGCUCGAAGUUUUUGUUCGCCACGUGGCGGAAGUCCCCAACAAGAGGAAUUUUCGAGAAUCGGUACACUCGAAGCGACCCAGUUGCUCAGGGCUCUCGAGAAGAAGGAUUCGAUCCCGACAUUGGAGGGCAAGCAGUCGCUGAAGCCGCUCUUAUUGGCUUCUCUAGCAAACAUGUUCACUCGUUACAUGUGCUCGACAAGAUUCAGUUACGAGGAUGAAGAAUUUCGCCGUAUCGUGCGUUCCUUCGACGAGAUUUUUUGGGACAUAAAUCAAGGCUCGCCGGUCGAUUUUUUGCCUUGGCUAAGUCCCUUUUACACGAAAGAAAUGAACCGCUUGAACGAUUGGUCGACGGACAUAAGGAGCUUCAUAUUGCGUAGAAUAAUAGAUCGUCAUCGCGAAACUCUCGACACGGUGACUGGUACACCGCGCGAUUUCACGGACGCUCUUCUCCUCCAUUUGGAGAGUCCUCAGACAGAUUUAUCUUGGCAGCACAUUAUUUACGAGCUGGAGGAUUUUAUCGGCGGACAUUCAGCGGUCGGGAAUCUCGUCAUGUUGAUACUAGCCAACACCGCUGUGUACCCCGAAGUCCAGAAAAAAAUUCAAGCCGAAUGCGACAACAUAUUAUCGCGGGCUGAUCGAACCGACGAACUGAUUUCGUUUAACGAUCGUUUGGAAAUGGCUUAUACCGAGGCUGUUAUAUGGGAAACGCUGAGAAUCGCAAGCUCGCCGAUCGUCCCUCACGUCGCGACCGAGGACACGGAUAUCGACGGUUAUCCUGUGGCUAAGGACACUGUCGUAUUUGUCAACAAUUUUCAUCUGAAUCUCGGCGAAUCUUACUGGGGUCCGGACUCACGGGAAUUCCGGCCUGAACGUUUUCUCAAGCCGAUCGAUGGUGCUUCGAUCAAUGACGGGACAUACGAAGGCCCCAAAUACCGCGUUCACAAGCCCGAAUAUUUCGUCCCGUUCUCCACUGGCAAACGUACCUGCAUCGGACAGAGAUUAGUCCAGGGUUUUGCGUUCAUCAUUGUAACCGCUCUGGUAUCGCGAUAUGACGUGCUUCCCGUCACCGAUAAUCUUAAGCUCCACCUACUCCCCGGCUGCGUCGCUGUCCCUCCGGAUCCCUUCCAUCUCAAGUUACAACCGAGAAAACGCGGCUUCCAAGCCUCUCCGUCCGCAUGAAAAAUCCGUUUUUACGAUUUACAACAAUCCGUUAUUGUAAUGAAUGAAAAAACAAAAAGAAAUAAGAAAACGAGCUUCGUUGUUUUCGUAUAUAUAUUUUUUUUAUUAUACAAAUGAAACAAAUGUUAUUCCCAAUUGAUAUCAAAGCUUUUAUGAAUAUUGUUUUGUUUUUAAUGGCAUGUAUUUCCAGAAAAAUGGAAUAUCCGUUAGUAAUUAUAGUUAUUGAAUUGCAAGACUGAAUUUAAAGCCCGACUGAUAUGUGCAUUUUCGUAAAUAAAUGUUUAUUGAAUAACAAUCUUACUGCAAAGGGUCGUGUCGAAAUUUCAACUUAAAAUUGUAAUGCUUGAGUGCCCUGGAUGUUUUUCGUGAUCGUAACUUCAAAUCAAACGUGAAUACGAUUGAGAAAAAAAUGCUUAAAAGAGAAAUAACACUAAAGUAUGCAAUGUCGAUGCAUCGCGAUAUAAAAGUCAAAAUCAUGGAAACUGGUCUCCGCUACGGGCGGAAAUCCCGUAAGAUUUGGAUGACGAUUCUAAACAACUUUUGCGAAGUGGAAUGUUCGUGUUCGCGCAAAGAAACAAAUUCUUAUUAUCACACAUUAUUCGGUCAUGAAAAAAUCAUCGUAAAAUCAUAUUAUUUUUAAUGUUGUGACCUCAAGGGAGGGAAAAUGAAACCGCGAUGAAAUCAAAGGCUGCACUACGGUACUGUGCACGUGCGAGCGAGAUGCCUUCGUUAUUGUUUCUGUUUUACGCGAUAACAAGAAACACGGCAGGGGCUCGAUGGCAAGUAUUAAAGAGAAAGAAAAUCAACUCGAGCCCGGCCGUACUUUUAUAAACGCGAAUAUGUAACAGGGAAAUUUGCCCCCCGGAAAUUCACUUCCGGAAAACCAAUUUUUCAAUCUCUUCGUUUUUUUUUCACUCUCCAGGCAUUCCAGACUUCUCUAUGAGAUUAAAUGAUUAUUUAUUCAAAUAUUCAUGAAAACCCUGAGCUAAAACAUUUGGUCUUAUUGAUUUCUUUCCAAUCUUGGUUCGCAAUGUUGUAUUUUUCGGGGGACGAAUCUUCCGGUGUCUUUCUGGUGGCGAAUUUCUUUCGAUUCCCUCAAACGCGAUGGCUUUUGAGCUUUCUCUCUUUUUAAUUAGCUGUGACGCAGGAGGAACCGUGGUUGAGUUGAAAAACUUCAGGUUUUUUUCCUUUUCAUUGAUCCUUGUUGCGGGUCAAUCCCUCCACCAAAUUCUGAGGUAUCGUAAUUUCGUGGAUUCAACGUUACAAGAAUGUAUGCUUAAGGAAGUUCAAGCGAUAUAUAAAGGAUACCGUACAAAAAAUAAAUUAGAUUUUAUAAUUCCAAGUUAGUGAAUUAAAAAUUAGCGUGAAUCUUGUCGAACAGCGCGCUUAAUUAUGUGUGAAAAAUUUGGAGAGGUUUCACCGUUUUGCAAUCGAGAUAUUCAUUAUUGAAAAUGAUAGUUUGAAUAUGGGCUCUUAUGGAAGCUUUCAAAAAAUUGCCAACUUCAACAAUAAAUAUCUCAAUAUCGAGACGGCGAAUCAUCGGCAUAUUCGGCCAGAAGUUUAAUACUGCCUUAACUUUUCUGUUUAAAAAAUGUUACUGUGCAAAGUUGGAAAAUAAUUGUUCCAUGAGAUACGCUUGAACCUCCUUAAUAAGAGGAAUUCUUAUGCUUGUAUGUAAAUAUAUUCUUCGGAUUAAGAUCCCUUUGCGUCUUGUUGUGUCUAAGAUUAUACGAUCGAUGAUCUGUUUUUUUACAUUUCACUUAUGCGCUUAUCUGAGGAUUGAUUGAUGGAUCGAGAACCUCGGCAUAUUUUGUUGAGCAACGGAAAAAUAAAAAUAUCUAUACAAACAA